CCACGUGGGGAGUGAAUUUGAAUCAGCCGCCACCGACUACGGCUUACUGUUCCAUCGUGUCGGCGCGAUCGUUCGCACCGGUGGUUACUUUGUGGUUCCUUUGUCACACACGAAUCAUUAAUUUCGCGCGCAUUUAUUUAUUUAAAAACUUUAUCAGAUCAGAAGAGAAUUCUCAGCAGAAAGAAUAAUACUACUCAAAAGUGUAAAGAAGACACGUCAAAACAAGUCAAUUAAGCAGCUCGGAAAGAGAGGUUUCAUCUAUGCAAUAAAAUAUAAGAAAUGAUAAGUAUCGUAAUCUACGAUAGAGUUACUAAAAAGAUUUCAAAGUUGAAGUUAUUAUUUCUCAUAAAAUAGAAUAAUUUUAACACAUUAAAAAUAAAAAUAGAUUGUCGAGCGACUGGCACGAGAAGUGACUGGAAAUAAAGGAGAGAAAGAUACCGGUACGAGUUUCCGAUCACACCUGUCAACGGUGUCUGAUACCGGCGUCGUGUAUCACCGCCACGUGACACCGCUGUCAUUGUCCGCCGAGUAACAGUUUCUUUUGCCUCCACGUGACGACCUUGCCGAUUUAGAACGAGCAAUAAAAGGCAAGCGAACACAGUCACAUUGAACGAGCAGCGAGAUAUCGUAGAACACAAAGGUGAGAAAGUGGCUAAACCAUAUGUAAACGUUAGCGCCCGUCGCUGAUGAAAUCGGCAUAAAUCAGUGUCACACGCGCUCCGAGCAACACGACUCCGAGCAUCGUGACCACGAGGCGUCGAGGCGACGACGACGACGACGACGUGAACGACACCGGCGGAGGCGGUAGAGGAGGAGAGCAGCCGGCGGCAGGAGAGGGAGAAAAAUCAAGAAGGAAGUAGCAAGUGUCACGAAGGGACCCUUGUCAGUGAGUGGUGGACCGUGGUGCAGAUCGUGGGACAUCGCGCGUGUGUGACAAGGAUCUUCGCGAAGACGUGAGAGAAAGCUGCAGGACGCGACAGAGGGGCGGCAGGCACGCGCGAUUGCUCGCGCAUCGAGACUUACGCUCGAUACGAGCACGCGCGCGAUUCGACUCGAUCGUCGUUUCCGAUCGCACCGGCUGGCCUGGCCCGGAAGAAGACUGUGACCUUGCGGGUCGACCUUGGAUAUUGGCGCCACCGUCGGAUCUUGUUUCGGCCGAGAGCGUGGCUCACGAGAGUUUUCGACGCGAAAUUAUUAGCGGUCGCGAAGCGCGUGAGCGCGUUUGAGAAGAAAAUAACAUUUGAGUCUGUGAUCGUCCAUCGAAGAGAUUUCGAUCUGUUUCUCUAUUUUCCGGAAGCAAAGAAAAGACUGUCUGAUUAAUUGAACCACCUGUCACGCCGAUGGAGUGAUUCAACAUGCCGCUUAGAUUGGUACUGGCGAUCCUCGUCGCGCUAUGCGCGAUAUGCGGCCGCGCGGACUUCUUCGGCGAGAAAAAAGAAGUAGUCUAUGAUUUAAUGCAGGCGUCACUGUUUUUGAUGACGGACGAUAAUAAUCUUUACAUAGAGGACGGCGAAGAUGGAUUUCCAGCAUUUGGUUUUCGACCUGGCUCCGAGGUGAAACAACCUUACAGAUUGUACCUUCCGCAAAAGUUGCCAGCCGAGUUUACUCUGGCGGCCACAUUCAAGCCGACUUCCUUCAGAACGAGCUAUCUCUUCGCCGUCCUUAAUCCCUUCGAAACUGUUGUCCAAUUGGGCAUUAGAAUUUCGGACGGGCCCGGUUCGAACCAGAACGUCUCGCUGGUCUACACAAACUCGGACGAGCAUUCGCACUCGGAAGAAGUGGCAAAAUUUACCGUACCGAAGCUCACAAAGAAAUGGUCAAAGAUUGUCAUUAAGGUUUCUAUCAACGACGUCACCUUAUAUUUCAAUUGCCACGAGAUGGCUCGGCAAAAAGUUACCAGAAUCCCGCAGGAAUUAGUAUUCGACACUGCCAGUACGUUGUACAUAGCGCAAGCCGGCCCGCACAUCCAGGAACGAUACGACGGUCUACUGCAAUCUUUGAAGCUAUAUUCCGACCAUCCGCCGGAUCUGGUAAAAUGCAAUACUGAUUUUGACUUUUCAGCAGAUGAUGUCGGUUCUGGCGAAAGCAACUUGUUGGACGGUUCCGGCGACAAUGAUUUGAAUAAGAUUGGUCGAGAGGACGAAGACAAAAGCGAGGAGAUUAACCUACCACCAUUCAUCACACCUCCACCUCCGAAUCCAGAUUAUAAAGGUCCGAAAGGUGAGAAAGGUGACAAAGGGGAAAAGGGUGAAAGCGUACGAGGUCCUCCGGGUCCUCCGGGACCGCCGGGUCGCGAUGAGGAUUGGCUGGUCAAGAUACCGCAGGGACCACCUGGUCAAAAGGGAGAUCCUGGUACUUGCACAUGCAACGCCACGGCCUUAAUGUCUUCCUUUACAAUGCCAACAAUGAUACAAGGACCGAAGGGUGAGCCAGGAGUACCAGGACAAGAAGGCAAGCAGGGUUCAAUGGGACUCACGGGUGCGGCAGGACCGCCAGGAGAAAGAGGACUGCAGGGUCCGUCCGGAGCAAAAGGUGACAAGGGUGAUAUUGGAAUACCGGGACCGGAAGGUCCUCAAGGUCAGAAGGGAGAGCCGGGUCGCGAUGGAAUUCCCGGUGAAAAAGGUGCGCAAGGUCCGCCGGGACCGCCCGGAAAAGGAGAAUUCUCUGGUUAUGACCCUAGUUGGAAACCUCGAAAUAUUUACAGGACGGAAGGCAUUACAAUGAGACCAGGGCUUCCAGGACAGAAAGGUGAACCAGGCAUUUCAGGAAACCCUGGUCCGAAAGGUGAGGCCGGGAUACCCGGUGCUAAGGGUAUCAAAGGCGAACCCGGUCAUAAAGGUACUAAAGGUGACCAUGGCAAGGAUGGUCCUAGAGGAAUUCAAGGCUUUAAAGGUGAGCCUGGCGCGCCUGGCGCACCCGGACUACCUGGUGCACCCGGUGAAAAUGGACGACCAGCAGAGAAGGGAGAUAAAGGCGACACGGGACCUGAAGGCAAAUCAGGAUCUCCAGGACCACCUGGUCCACCUGGUACAAGUGUUCCUGGUGGUAUAAACGUAGGCGAUUUAGGAUUUGGCAGAGGCGACAAAGGCGACAAAGGCGAUGGUGGAGCACGCGGAUAUAAAGGUGAUAAGGGCACGAAGGGCGAGAAGGGCGAUAAGGGUGAUGGCGGGCCAGCUGGCAUUCCUGGAAUAAACGGUAUUCAAGGACCUCAAGGAGAUAAAGGCGAACCCGGUAAAGACGGAGUAUCGGGAUUAUCCGGUAUACCUGGUGCUAAGGGUGAAAAAGGUGAAAGAGGUCCUCCCGGAGCCACCACCGUCGCCAAUUCUGGAGACUAUGUCACUAUAAAAGGGGAGAAAGGCGCCGAAGGAAAACGGGGCAGAAGGGGACGACCUGGGCCGCCUGGUCCUAUAGGUCCACCCGGAAAACCAGGAACUACGGGGGAAAUCGGUCUACCAGGAUGGAUGAACGUAAAGGGUCGUCCUGGGAAUCCUGGAAUUCCGGGAAGUAUCGGACCAAUGGGACCCAAGGGAGAAAAGGGGGAACCCGGCGCGCCGAGCCCUUAUAGCGUUUCCGUUGGUAUCAAAGGUGACAAAGGAGACAAUGGUUUUCCUGGAAUUCCUGGAAGAGACGGCCAAAGAGGACCUUCAGGGCCUCCCGGACCUCCGGGUCCACCAUCUCACGGAAAAUAUAUCCCAGUUCCAGGACCUCCGGGUCCUCCCGGACCGCCUGGUCCACCUGGAUUGUCUUUAAUCGGACAAAAAGGAGAACCCGGAAUUGGUAGAAGUCAUGCUUUCGGGGAGAGAGAUUAUUAUAGACAAGGACCUAGAAGUAGUCUGGAUGAAAUAAAAGCUCUGCGUGAACUCAAACAGCUAAAAGAGUUAAAAGAACAAUUAGGUGUCACUGCCGUUACAAGGGGACCUUUAGAAAGUACAACGAAAAUUGUGCCAGGAGCUGUUACGUUCCAAAAUACAGAAGCCAUGACAAAGAUGUCUAGCGUUAGUCCAGUUGGAACUCUGGCGUACAUAAUAGACGAACAAGCUUUACUAGUCAGAGUUAAUAACGGAUGGCAAUAUAUAGCACUUGGAUCACUCUUACCUAUCACAACACCAGCACCACCAACUACGGCACCGCCUCCAGCGAAUCCUCCCUUCGAAGCAUCCAACUUGAUUAAUCAGAUACCUAUGAAAGCCGACGGAACAGGCUGGUAUCCGCGAAUGUUAAGAAUGGCCGCAUUGAAUGAACCAUUUACCGGAGAUAUGCAUGGCAUACGAGGAGCAGACUACGCUUGCUAUCGACAAGCAAGACGAGCGGGCUUGAGAGGUACCUUCCGCGCUUUCCUCAGUUCUCGAGUUCAAAACGUAGAUAGUAUUGUUCGAUUGGGAGAUCGAGAUCUUCCCAUAGUUAACAUAAAGGGAGACGUGCUGUUCAAUUCUUGGAGAGAGAUGUUUAAUGGAAAUGGAGCAUACUUUUCUCAAAAUCCCAGAAUUUAUAGCUUCAACGGAAAGAACAUCCUUACUGAUGUCGCAUGGCCCGAGAAAGUUGCGUGGCAUGGCUCUCACAAACUUGGCGAUCGAGCAAUGGAUACUUAUUGCGAUGCCUGGCAUUCGAGCAGUUCAGAUCGCUACGGUCUAGGAUCACCAUUGACCGGUGGUCGUUUGUUGGAACAAGUGCGAUACUCGUGCGACAAUAAAUUCGCGCUACUCUGCAUCGAGAUCACGAGCGAUGUGAUGAUAAGAAGACGACGAAGCGCCGAGAAUCAGCUGGAAGACGAUGCUGAGAUGACGGAAAACGAUUAUAUGGAUUACUUGGAAGAACUCAUGCAAUACUGAACGCUCUCUUUUAAUCAUCAUCAUUAUGUAAAUAAUAAUGCAGAUGCGCGUUUCCGACGCGCAUAUUCCGCGUUCGAAUAAUAUUAAUUCAUAUCGACGUAUACAUAUCGCGAAAUGAUAGCGCGAACAACAGCGUCGCGCUUUAUCCCAAAGUCACGAAGCUAAGCCUCUAAACACAAAGGGUAUAAUUACUUGUACUUUCACAACUCACUAGCCAUCUGCUUUAAUCGAAUCUCAGUUCUCUUUUCUCAGUCUGUAAGAGAUAAAAAAGAAGACUGAUCGUCUAGAUACUCAUUCGUCAGUGUUCCGUCGUUAUUAAGUAUUUGUAUUUGGAAACUUCUACCUUUUAACAGACGAUCUCGAGAGACUCGGUUUUGUUCGAGAUCUCUCGACGAAACUGCCAUACAGUUCAACGCUCGUUAAGUAUUUCCCCUCCCCCCCUCUCAUCACGAUAAACGUCCAAAAAUAUUCAUACAUUGUCACAAAAGUGAUACAAAAUCCAGAGAACACGUCUCGCUCAAACCCGCGUUUAUAGCACAUUUUAAAUAUUGCAAAGCAACUGUCUUAUAAUUCUAAUCCUAUCCUCUUACACCAUACAACAUCUCACGCUUACUCGGCGAUUUGGAGUAACUAUAAGUAGUUGUUUUUGUUUUGUUUUUUUUUUUUUGAAGAAAAAAGCCAAAUAUUUAUUUAUACUUUUCCAUCAAUACUACACACAUAUGUGCUGCCAAUGCGGGAGGGGGCUAUAUUUAAAGAGAUAAUUACUAAACACUGCUCUAAAUAAAUCUAAACCAAGUUCGUAUUCGCGAUCAAGUUGUAUUUACAUAUUAGCUGAUACAUAUUGGGUGUGUAUGUUAGACGUAAGGCGCAUCGAUUAAGGAGUUCCAACGAGUCGCUUGGCUCGUUGUUGAAGAUUUAUGCUCCGUGUAUUUCGUGGGUCAACAAAUAAAAACUCCCCUAUUCUUUGUCAUAGACAAGUUCUCAUAUUGUAAAAAUUAUUAUCGAUUUAUUGCCGAUUUAUUUGUGUAUCUUUUAUACAUGUAACUUUCUCACAAAACAUUCUAUAUAAAACUUCAUCGGAUAUUCAAUAGUCACGUAGAGUUAUGGACGUUAUUUUUGUGCGAUUAAUAUUCUGUGUAUACGUAAAAUGUGUAUACUAUAGAAGAAAACACAUCCGUUCUCUUGUUAUUUAUCUUUCUCGAUUACAUUAUUUAACUUACAGGAAGGUUUACACAUUCCUGGCCUGUAAUUACGCCGAGCAUAAAUCGGAUCUAAGUCAAUGUUUACAACUCGAUGAUAUAUACCAUUAAUGUGUUAAUAAUAAUUUAUUACGAUUACAUAGAGAUCAAUCAUACGUGUACUUAGGUUGUCAGCAUGCUUGUUGGCGAAUAUUUUCUACGUAUAGAUACGUAAACAUUUUUUUAAUAUCAUCACAGUAGUAAUUCAUCGUGAAAUACAUUUAAAACGUACAAUCGAUUGUUCUUCGAUAUGGUUUGCACCGAGAAUAUUUCGUUCCUAAAUUUUAUA